UUUUAGAUCCAAAAACAUUUGUGUGCUUCUUCUUGCUGGCUCUCUUUAAGUAUAUACCACUUCUCUUUUAAAUUUUCGUGCGUGAGCAACCAGACGGCUGGAAAAGAAUUAAAUAUAGUUUUUUGAAAAAAUAUCUGUGCGUGGACUAAAUAAACAAUGUAUUAAGUGAAAACUGAUUUGGCUAGUUAUUCAAAUGUUCUGAAAUGUUUUAAGAAACGACGCCGCCGCACUCGCACAUUUCGUUUCCCUUUUGUGCUGGUCGUUCGGGCAAGAUUGUUUACGAAUCGCUGUGUGUGAUAGAUGUGCGAAAAAAUCGCGAAAAUUAAUCAACUCUAAAUGGAUCCCCCAACGAAAUUCCAUCAGACCAAAAGGAAAACAUCCUCCCCACCAGAUAUGGGCCGGAAAGUGCUGUUGCUCUCGCUGCUGACGCUGGCGGCGCUGCUGCUGAGGUCAGGCAGCGGCGUCGAGGGGCAUCUGAAUGUUUUCCUGAAUCCCGUGGAAGUGAUGCGUCUGUUAGGCGUCUCCGCUGAGGUGUACUACGUCCGGGAGGGACACAUCAACAACUACGCCCUGAACUUCAUCGUCCCGGUUCCGGCCAAUGUCCGGGACAUCAGCUUCACGUGGCAGUCGCUGGCGGGCCGGGGCCUGCCCUACAGCAUCAAUGUGGUCAGCUCCGACCAGGAGGUGCUGCCCCGCCCGGCCAUCAAUGUGUCGCAGAGCGGCGAGAUCCCCACCAGCAUCCAGACCUGGUCCAUCGCCCUCAAGUGCAGCGGCCUGAAGGCCGCCGAGGUGGACGUGACGGUCAGCCUGGAGGUGGUGCUGAACCGCUCCCUGAACAAUGUCACCCACCUGGUGUUCCGGCGCAAGAAGAUCUGCCUGGUGAGCGACGGCGACAGCGACGGUGAUCCCGCGGAGGACAUGGACGACCCCCAGUUGCUGGAGACCGUGAUGAUGCCGCCCACCGGGCUGAUCACUCUGGUGGUGGGCGUUUCGGUGGCCAUGGGAUCGGUGUGCCUGCUCCUGAUGAUCGCCUACUGCGUCAGGGGAGCGGCCAACAAGAGGCAGCACCACCAUGGCGGCCAACCCAUGCGGACCUCGAGUUUCCAGCGGCUGAACACCCAACCACCCUGCCAGUCCUCGAUGGGAUCGGCAGCCUACAUGACGCCCUCGGUCAUAGCCCCGAUACAUGGAUCAUCCCUGCCCCGGAAGGUGCCCGUUUCCGUCGAGCAGCAGCACCCGGAGGAGCUGCAUCGUCGCAUCUCGGAGCUGACUGUGGAACGGUGCCGGGUGCGACUGUCCAGCCUGCUGCAGGAGGGCACCUUCGGCCGAGUCUAUCGGGGCACCUACAACGAUAACCAGGACGUCCUCGUGAAAACGGUGGCCCAGCACGCCAGCCAGAUGCAGGUGCUCCUGCUGCUCCAGGAGGGCAUGCUGCUGUACGGCGCCUCCCAUCCCGGCAUCCUCUCGGUGCUCGGCGUCUCCAUCGAGGAUCACACCACUCCGUUCGUCCUGUACCCCGCUCUGAACAACACCCGCAACCUGAAGCUCUUCCUGCUGGACCCGGCCUGCGCCCGCACGGUGACCACCAUCCAGAUCGUGAUGAUGGCCUCGCAGCUCUCGAUGGCGCUGGACCACCUGCACAGCCACGGAGUGGUGCACAAGGACAUAGCCACCAGAAACUGUGUUAUCGAUGAUCAGCUGCGGGUGAAGCUCUCGGAUAGCUCCCUGUCCAGGGACCUCUUCCCCUCGGACUACAACUGCCUGGGAGACAGCGAGAAUAGGCCCGUGAAGUGGAUGUCGCUGGAGGCACUGCAGCACAAACAGUUCUCGGAGGCCAGCGACUCGUGGGCCUUCGGGGUGCUGAUGUGGGAGCUGUGCACCUCCGCCAAGCAGCCCUACGCCGAGGUGGAUCCCUUCGAGAUGGAGCACUACCUGAAGGACGGCUACCGCCUGGCCCAGCCCUUCAACUGCCCCGACGAACUGUUUACGAUUAUGGCCUACUGCUGGGCCCUGCUACCUGGCGAGAGGCCGACCUUCGCCCAGCUGCAGUGCUGCCUCUCGGAGUUCUAUUCCCAAAUCACUCGCUAUGUCUAGGACGAUCGCGGGGGCUAUCAGCUUUGGACUCCCUGGUUAUACUAAAGUCCUGCAGCUGCUCUACUUUGUUAUAACGAUAUUGCCAAAUCGAACACAUCACCUGUACAUAUAGUUUGCAUUAAUAUUUCCCAUUAAGCACCUAUCUUUAAGCUUAUUCUACUUACAAACACUCGACUCCUACCAUAAAUAGAAUCAUUUGCACAGAUUUUCUCAAUCCAUCGCAACUAGUUGAAAAUGAAAACCGAAAGCCGAAAUCAAAUAUAGUGAUAUUUAUCAAUAGCAGUAGUUAUACACACCUAUCUAUAGAUCAUAUGGAUAAGUUUUAACGAAAAUAUUUAUGAAGCAUAUAUGGUAUACCAGUACAUGUUGUAUGUUUAGCAUUUUGGACAUUUUUUGGACCGUUUAUACGAGAGAUUAAAACAUGAUAUACAAGUUUAUACACACAAACACGUAAAUAUAUACAUAUACAUAUAUGCCAAAAACAAUUCCAGAAA